AUGUCGACGACCUCUUCGAGCAAACAGCACGCCCGCCAUAGCUCCAACUUCUCCAAGAGCCGACCAGCUCCGAUGCCCAGCUCUCCCUUGAAAAGAUCUCAUAGUGAUCAAGGUAUCGAAGAGAGCAGUCUCUUGGCUGCUGCGGACCGUCCUUGGAUUGAACGCCCUCGAGCCAGCUCUUCAUCUAGUCAGCCCGCAGAGAAAACUCCCGCCAGAUCCUUCUAUGUCCGUUCUUUCCAUGGUCAGCUGGAUCCGGCUCAGUACUCUUCUUCCGCCGGCCUAAGAGAUCAGACUGCUGAACUGGCUGCGUUUGCUCUCUCCGAGAACGCCUCACAUCUUGGAAGCUCUCCGCCCUCUUCGUCAGCUGCCUCUGAUGAUGGUUACCCUGAAGUGAUCGAAGAGGUGUCCGAGCCUGUAACUCCAGAGGGCUCGGAACAUGACCACUCUGGCGAUCCAGCCAUCUCCGAGUUGACGGCAAUGAUACAAAGUUCUACGGGACAAGAGGAGGAGCGUCACCAGCACACGAAUGGUGUCGACAAGGCAAUGCCAGAUCGUCCCACAUCGAGUAGGCUGGAGCCCACCCAGCCAGACGAGUAUACGGCCCUCAUUGGUGAACGGCGGCCAGAGCCUUUAAAGUAUGGCCAUUAUACAGACGUCGAGCGACAGUACGGUUCGGACAAGGAUGGUCUCAUCCAGAGAUGCAGGGCCUCCGCGAGAAGAAUGCGCUCAUGCUGUUAUACUCUCUCACACCCCAAGACGUGGAGCGCCCGUGCCAUAUAUCGGGAAGCUAUCGCACACCCCGUCAGUCUCCUUCCAGCCGUCUUUCUGGGUUUGCUCCUGAACAUCCUCGACGCUCUCUCCUACGGCAUGAUUCUGUUUCCUCUUGGGAACGAAAUCUUUGAUGGUCUCGGCUCUGACGGCAUUGCAAUGUUCUAUGUCAGUACUAUCGUUGCCCAGGUCGUCUAUUCCUCUGGAGGCUCGAUCUUCAGAGGAGGCAUUGGGUCCGAAAUGAUUGAGGUUGUGCCCUUCUUCCAUAAGAUGGCCUUUACCAUCCUCCAGAAGGUGGGGGAGCAGAACCCCAAGGCUGUCCUUGCCACCACGAUACUGUCCUUUGCCAUCAGUUCCGUUCUAACUGGAGUGGUGUUCUUCCUCAUGGGAGCUUGCAAGCUAGGAUCCUUGAUCGGUUUCUUCCCGCGCCAUAUUCUCAUUGGCUGUAUCGGAGGUGUUGGCUGGUUCCUUGUCGCUACUGGCAUCGAAGUCUCUGCUCGGCUACCUGGCAAUCUGGAGUACAACCUUGACACCCUCAAACAGCUGUUCCGCACCGACACAAUCGCCCUGUGGACCGUACCCUUGGCGCUUGCCAUCACCUUACUCAUUGUACAACGCUUUGUAAAAUCAAAUCUGCUGGUCGGCGGCUACUUUCUCUCGGUUGCUGCGAUUUUCUACUUCUUCAAGUUUGCUUUGGGCCUAUCAAUGGACACCUUGCGUACUGGAGGCUGGGUUUUCGAUCCCCCACCGGCCGGGAACCCCUGGUAUCAUUUCUACACGCUGUACGACUUUAACGCGGUCAACUGGGGAGCUCUUGCGGAUACUAUCCCGGCGAUGUUUGCACUGACCUUCUUCGGCGUCUUGCAUGUCCCAAUCAACGUGCCCGCUCUGGGCAUUUCUACCGGCGAGGAUAACCUGAGCGUCGACCGCGAGCUGAUCGCCCAUGGCGUCUCGAACUGCCUCAGUGGUCUCUUCGGCAGUGUACAGAACUAUCUCGUAUAUACCAACAGUCUCCUAUUUAUGGACAGUGGUGGCAAUGACCGUCUUGCAGGGCUGCUGCUGGCAGCCUGCACCGUCGGUAUCCUUUUGGCUGGCCCGGCUAUUAUUGGUUACAUUCCCAUUAUGGUUGUUGGUGCCUUGAUUUUCUUAUUAGGUAUAGAGUUGCUUGAAGAAGCUCUUGUCGGAACAUGGGGCAAAGUUCACAAGCUUGAAUACGCCACCGUCUUGAUCAUUGUCAUCACCAUGGGAGUGUGGGAUUUCGUGAUUGGGAUCCUCGUUGGCAUUUUGCUUGCCGCUUUGAGUUUUGUUGUACAAACGUCUCGAAGAACGGCCAUCAGAGCCACCUAUUCUGGUCAAGUCGCAAAGUCUCUCGUCAGACGACCGCCAGUCCAGCUCAAGUUCUUGCGAGAAACAGGCAAACAGAUCUUUCUACUUAAGCUGGCUGGAUAUUUGUUCUUUGGCACGAUUGUCGGGGUUGAGAACAGAAUUCGAGCCCUUCUUGAGGAAGAUGCGUUCAGGGAUCAACCUCUGAGAUUCCUCAUCUUGGACAUGGCUCAAAUUAACGGCAUUGAUUUCUCUGCCGCGGAAGCGUUCACCAGAAUCAACCGUCUACUGCAGAAGCGUGGAGUCGAGCUUAUCGUGAGCAGCUUGGACGUGGAUGGCGAGAUUGGACAAGCUCUUCAAAAUGUUGGCCUGUUUGCGGCAGACUCAAACGUCCAAAUCUUCCCUGAUCUGAAUGUGGCACUGGAGCACUGCGAGAACAAACUUUUGACCGCCCUGUAUCGUCAACAGGAGCAGCGGCGCACCAGGCGGAUAGGAGGGCACCUUGACAUGCCUCGCGCUCGGCCUCAGGAGCUUUCGUCCUCGUACAAGGCGGAAUUUAUGGGCAGCUCCCCCAGACGAAGUCACCUCCAUCAAGUUGCCCAGACUACUUUGGAUGAGGACGCGUCCAGCUUGGCUAAGUGGCAGUCAUUCAAGCAACCUCUACCCUUGAUGCUGCAGAUCUUUGUGGAUCUCUCAGAGAAGAACGAAGAUUUCUGGUAUCGUGCUAUGAAGUAUUUUGAAAGGGUUGUGUACCCGAGAGGCUCGGUCUUGUUCAAGGUUGGGGACCCUCCUGACGGCUUCUACAUGCUGGAAGAAGGCAUUCUACGUUGCGAUUACGACUGGCCACAGGGCAAGUACUCUGAGCUGAUUGUGUCAGGGCGACCAUGCGGAGAGCUGCCGUUUUUCUCCCAGACACCGCGCACUGCCUCGAUGGUGGCAGAGAAGGACUGUGUUACGUGGAAACUAGAUGCAAGGAGAUGGCAUGAGAUGCAGAUACGAGAACCGGAUGUGGCCCAAGAACUGCUCGUUAUCAGUUUGAAAUUGACCAAAGAAAGGAUGGAUGCCGUUACUUCGUACAUCCUGACGACGGCGGGUUGA